AAAAAGGCACAUGUGAAUGAAUGGUGUGUCCUAAACCGGCUUCUCCUCGACCUUACUACUACCAAUAUAUAGAGGAUGCGCUCCGUUCCGACGGCGCCAAAUUAAUUCUCUCUCGCUUUGUCCACCGAAUCAAAUCCACUCUUCUUUCAAAUUUCAAUUUCAUCUUCCAAGCCUCUCCAUUUUCUAGGGUUAGGGUUCUUUUUUUUCAACUUAUUUCAUGGCUAUGAGUGAGUGGCAACCACUGCUGCAAUCAAUUUUCAUCGGCUUAAUCUUCUCUUUUCUUGUCGCCAAGUUAAUCUCUAUUGUUGUUUCAUUCAAGGACGACAAUUUAACAGUCACUCGUAAUACUGAGUCUAAUUCUCAGUCUAACAAAUCCGUCGUUCUACUUGAUGAGAAUCCUCUUGGGCUGGAGGCCGAUUUGGGCCUGCGCCUUGCUGACGAGACUGAAUCUAUGAUCGCCGAACUUGGGAGCGUGAGGAACGAGAGCUUACCUUGCAGUGAUUAUGGCGACGACGAUGACGACUGGGAGGGUGUUGAGAGUACGGAAUUAGAUGAGAUGUUCAGUGCUGCGACGGCUUUUGUGGCGGCCACUGCUGCCACUUCGUCCGGUCAGAAGGUUUCGAGUGAUGUGCAGCUACAGCUUUAUGGCUUAUACAAGAUUGCCACUGAAGGACCCUGUAGUACUCCUCAGCCUUCUGCUUUGAAAAUGACGGCUAGAGCGAAGUGGCAAGCAUGGCAGAAAUUGGGUGCUAUGCCUCCAGAAGUAGCAAUGCAGAAAUAUAUUGAUAUUGUUACAGAGCUAUAUCCUACAUGGGCUGCUGGCUUAUCAGCGAAGAGUAGAGGUGGAGAUGAUGAUGCAGUAACUAGAGAAUCUAAAGGACCAAUGGGGCCUGUUUUCAGCUCUCUUGUGUAUGAGGAGGAACCUGGAAAUGAGUUGAGAAUGGAUGCUAUACAUGCCUUUGCCAGAGAAGGAGAUGUGAAUAAUUUGGUUACAUGUAUUGAAAAUGGUGUUUCAGUGAAUUUGAGAGAUAGUGAGGGUCGCACUCCUUUGCAUUGGGCUGUAGAUCGUGGCCACCUCAAUGUCUGUGAACUCCUUGUUAGCAGGAAUGCUGAUGUAAAUGCUAAGGACAAUGAAGGCCAAACUCCAUUGCAUUAUGCUGUUGUCUGCGAGAGGAAAGCUGUUGCUGAGUUUCUUGUGAAGCAAAAUGCUGACAUAGACAUACAGGAUAACGAUGGCAACUCCCCUUGUGCGAACUGGCCUUGGAUGCGAGGUGAAGUGAAACAGAGUGACUGAAGGUUGUGUUUUGUUGUGGUAGCUCAAGUAUUUUUCUGCAAAUUUCUCAUGCUUGCACAGGGCUAUAAAAUGAUAUAACCUCUUUCAGCCUUUUUAUCUUAAUGAUAUAUCAGGGUUUAUAUUUUCGGCCCUCUUGUAAUCGUGAUUCCUCAUCUUCAUCCUCUCAGUAAGUGAGGGAAUAUGAAAAACCAAGUUUUAUCAAUGAUAUAUCAGGGAAUAUGUUUGAUUUAAAUAAA